AUGGCGACAGAGACUCUCACCGAAAACACCUUUAGCCACAGCGGCGACAAGCAGACCUUCUAUUGGUCCGCUGGGCCAUCAGACGGGCCCCUGGUCAUCUUCGUUCACGGCUGGCCCUCCAACGGCGAGCACUGGAAGCACCAAGUGCUUGCAUUCGCCUCGCUCGGGUUCUACGCCGUCGCCCCCGACACGCGGGGCUAUGGCCGCUCCAGCGUGCCCAAGGGCGACCCUACCGAGUACCGCCUAGAGAAGCACGUCUCGGACAUGCUCGCCCUGCUCGCGCACCUGGAACGCAAGAAGGCAGUCUGGGUCGGUCAUGACUGGGGUGCGGGGCUGGUCUGGGCGUUCGCGGCGCAGCACCCGGACAAGUGCGUCGGCGUAAGCUGCGUCUCUGUGCCGUACCGUGUCCUGGAGGGCGGCCUGGAUCUGUUGGUGUCGCUCUCAAACCGCGAUAUCUACCCGGAAGACAAGUACCCGCUCGCUCAAUGGGACUACCAGGCCUUCCAUGUCGAGCAGCCCGAGCUCAGCUCGAAGCAACUGGAGGGCAACGUCACCAACACGAUCAAGCUGUUCUACCGAGGCUCAGGCCCUGAAAAGUUUGGGCAGCCCGCCUUCAUGGCAAACCUUCGGAAGCAAGGUGGCUGGUUCGGCCCCUUGCCCGCGGCCCCGGACACGCCUUUCGAGACAUGUCUCCUCAAGGACGACAAGCCCGCCUUCGACCGCAUGGUGGCCGAGUUUGAGCGCAACGGGUUCGAAGGCCCCAACGCCUACUACCUCAACCACGGUAUCAACUCCGAGUACAUGAAGACCGCCCCGAACGGCGGACGUCUUGAGUACCCCGUCUUGUUCGUCGAGACUAAGUACGAUGCCGUCUGCGAUACGGCGCUGUCGCGGCUGGGGGAGCCUAUGAAGGAGUACUGCAGUGAUCUGACCCAGGUCAGCCUUGAGUGUGGCCAUUGGGCUACGCUUGAGAAGCCUCGGGAGCUGAGCGCGGCGCUGGUCAAGUGGAUUGCGACGAAGCUGCCGGAGUACUACCCAGGCCCACAGAAUGCGCACCUGUGA